CAAUCACUCCAUUUUUUUGUCUCUGUGGUUUUUAUCGAUAGGUUUAUCAUAUAGCUCUUGGACAUAUUCUUAGCUCUUUGAUAUCAAUGUUACCAAGCAAUUUUCGAUUAUAGCUAUAAUAGAUAUAAAACUGUUCCAGAAAUGUGAAUAUAACUUAUAAGUAUAGUUCUGAAUAUCGAAACGUGUUCGAUUAACUAGUAUCGUUGCUAAAUGAGUUGUAGAUCAUAAAGUUAGAUAUUUAGUUCAUAGGCAUAAUAUUUUAGUUUUAAAAAUGGUGACUGCUGAUAUGCAAUGUUGAAAAACAACUGUGACGUCAUGAAAUCUAUUUGUUAAGAUCAGUGUUAUAUAGCUGUUAGGUCUGUUGCAAAGAAAUCGAGCAAUAUGGGUGGUGCAGUUAGCUCCGGUCGAGAUAACAAUGAACUUAUAGAUAAUUUGAUGAGCGGUAACUAUAUCCGCACCAGGCAAAUAGAGAUGGUGUUUCGAGCACUGGACAGGGCCGACUACAUGACACCAGAGGCUCGGGAUCAAGCCUACAAGGAUUUGGCUUGGAAAAAUGGGCCCUUGCAUCUAUCUUCGCCUUGUAUUUAUAGUGAGGUGAUGGAGGGGUUAGAGCUGAGACCGGGCUUGUCCUUCUUGAACAUUGGUUCGGGGACAGGCUACCUCAGUAGCUUGGUGGGCUUGAUCCUCGGCACUUCGGGAAUCAGUCACGGUGUGGAGGUCCAUCCCGCUGUUGUGGAGUACGCCACCAAGAAGAUUGGACAGUUCAUUGAAAACUCACCAACCUUGGAUGAGUUUGAUUUCUGUGAGCCCAAGUACUACCAUGGGAACGGUCUAUGUUUGAGCCCACCCGCUGUUGGAUAUGAUCGUGUGUACUGCGGUGCCGCCUGUCCUGCUCAGUACGAGAUGUACUUUAAACAACUAAUAAAGGUGGGGGGGCUGCUGGUGAUGCCGCUCAACGACACCCUAGUCCAGGUGCGACGACUGGGUGAGAACGAGUGGGUGUCGCGAUGUUUGCUCAACGUGUCCUUCGCCACACUGAGGGUACCCACCGCCGAGGAAGCCACCCAGCUCGUCAAACUAGACGAGUUGCGGCCCGUGCGCCUCCAGCUACUGUCCCGCGCGGUGAUCCGGUCCGCGAUGCGUGGCGGAGUGCUGCGGCGACACCCCGAGCUCCGCCUGUCACCGCGCCCUCCUCCGCCGUCCGCCUGUCCACGACGCAUCUGCAUUCCAAUCGAGCCCGGCGGCUCCGUCGAGGGCCUGAACGUGCUCCACGACCUGGACAACGAGAGCGGAGCUAACGAAAUGAACGCGCUGCUGAGUCUCGUGAUCAGUAUGGGACAGAACAGGGUGGCCGGGGCGCUGCGGUUCGACCGCGUCGACUCCGGGACCGAUGACGACGAACACGACGAGGACGAUCAGGAUGGAGACGAGCCCGAGACGAACCAUGACGAGAACUCGGAAGAGUCUGCAGAGGGGGCUCCAGGGGAGAACGCGGCCGACGAGUCGAAGAACGUCGACUUACCCACCUCGGACUCCGACGACAAACCAAAUAUGAAAGGAGACACGAGCGACCUCGACGACUCCCCGCCGAGACCUCAUCGCAGGCCCACCAAGAGAUCGGAUAGUAGGCAGAGAGAGAGCCACAGUCACAGUCUGCGUCGCCGGCCGAGGCAGGGCUCGGACUCCAAGGACGAUUCCCCGCCCGACGACGCCAUGCCAGAUUUUUUGCGAAAGAGACGAGACGCUAAACCCUCGACCUCCACUUCACAGGGGUUAGGCUCCAUGGCCGACGUGCUGAAGAAUACCAAGGAAAUGACCAAGAAGGAGACCGUCCUCGACGACCACCAGAAAACGGACACCGUGACCGGACCCAGGCGCGACCUGCCCGGCGUGCCCUCGGUGGUGGAGAUCGACCUGGGGCAGACGUCGGACAUGGAGUGGGACUCGGAGAACGACGAGCUGGACGCCGCCGGGGACCGGCUGGGGAGGCCCGAGCACAGCGACGACGACACCCUCAAGAACAAGCCCAAGAGACAGAAGCUGGACAGCGGCAUCGGAGACACGCCCAGCAGCUCCUCGCCCGACAAGACCAAGAGCGACGACUCGGAGCGCUCCGACAGCCCCGUCGCCGGAGGGAGCAGUGCCGUGGACAGCCGCAGCUGGUCUCCGGGUCCCGAGGAGCGCGCCCACACGGAGCGCCGCAGACAGCGCGAGGCUCGCGGAGGAGACGCGCGCCGAGUGCGCCUCUCGCUGCUCAUGAAGCAGGCCGUGCGCGAGCUGCCGCUGCCGCACGCGCUCAAGAAGUACGUGAACCUGGGACGGUGCUUCGAAUUCUAAGCGCGGCCGCGGACUGACACCUGUAUCAUUAUGAUUUGUAUCGAGAGGACGGAAGUGUAUGGGAGUUGUCGAAGUCUGAACUUAACAUGGAGGAUCCCGACCGGACGUAGCUGUGACGUCACUCGCCACUCCUGUGACGAACACUAAACCACAAUCUGUACUGUCUUUUGCAUUAGGACUAAGUGUGAGCUAGGAGACUUCGAUGUAUUUCAUUCAUAGAGCCGACUGUAUGAAGCUAGUGUUCACUUAUCAUUAUUACUUAUGUUUUAAAUUGGGUCUGAGAAUAUGUAAGUCCAGUGUGAGGCGAGGAGCCUCGAGAGGAAACGCCAAAUAACGUUAUGUGUAAGAGUUAGAGAGUGUGGCGCUGUGCCGUAUCACUAGAGAGCGGCUGACGACAUCCGCUGGGACCUGCGGCAGCUGGGGCAUCGCCGAGGAAGAAUGACAGCGGGGCCCGGGGGACCGCAGCCCGCCGGACCCGCGCCGGGCUUGUGAUGUGUGUAACGGAAUGUUGGAAUGUUUUGUUGUAAAUAUGAGCGUCGUUAUUUGUUUUGUUACAUUGAUAUUGGCCCGAGCCGUGCGCCGCGCGCGGGGACGGCCCCGCAGGCCCCGCCGGGGACGCCGCCUCGCCCUUAUUAUUAAUAUUUGGAAUAAAAAAGUUAACUCCUGGAAA